UGUACUUAAAAUGACAGAAACGGAUGCAACAAAAAGGCCUCUUGAAAUGCCUGAAACAUUUCUGCCAUAUUUAGAAAAGUAUCGGAUCUAUAAACUUUUCAAGGACAUGCUGCAAGAUCUAAUAAUAAAUUUGCCAAAGGAUCAUUUGAAGCACAUGAAAGUUUUCCUAAGGCGCCACCUCCACUCAUCUAAGGAUGUAGAUAGAGUCAUUUUGCUUGUUUCUCCUGAACUCAAAAUAGAAGUAACAAAGUUAGUGCGCGACAUGAUAAAAGAUUUUGGAUUUUUCGUUAUUACACGUCGCUGCGUGAUGGAUCGUUACGAAAAGCACGACUCUUACGAACCUAACUGCGUCUCCCCUGCGAUGAUGUCGGAGGUGACCAAAGUGUUGACCCUCAUUGAUCCAGUUCCCCAGGCCGGCUGGCUUAUGUAUGAUCAUCCCUGCACAGUACGUGAGGCGCGCUGCCUUCAACAGGACGGGGUGCUUCCCACCGUGACGCUAGUUUUGAUGCCGCCCCCGCCCAUGGCACCCCGGGCGCACAACCCGUACACCCCACAACGCUCGUUCUCCCAGCAGGACUUCGAGGGUUUGAAGAUCGCUUAUAAAGCUACGCUAAAGGAAGUGCACGUGGAGCCCGGGGACAGUCUUGAGCAGGUGGGCGCGAAGUGCGUGCGAGCAAUCCGCGCGGCAGCGGAGGGCGCGCAAGGCCCCGGGCAGGGCUUCCACGCCCAGGGCGCUCCCGGAGUGUACCGAGUUCUGAUCAUCGGACCCUCGGGCUCGGGCCGGCGCACGCAGGCUGCUUCCGCCGCCAGGCAUUUCGACCUUGUAUAUUUGCAUUUUCAAGACCUUUUUAACGAGGCGCAACUUCGUGACGAUGAAGUUGGCGAAAAGCUGCGCAAAUUCGGCGUCAGCGUGCAACUGAAAGCCGAAAUAGUAAAGCGUCGCAUUGGAAAAAAGGACUGUAUCGAUCACGGCUGGGUGCUUAGCGGCUAUCCCGCGAACGGUGUUGAUUUCGAACAACUAGAUCGCAUGCCCACACCGCCUAAUCGUAUAAUAUUCCUCAACGUGCCGUGGGCGGUGUGCAAGGAGCGUGCGCUGGCUAACGGGGUCGACUGGUGCACGGGUCGGGAAGCUCCGGUGGGCUCCGGUCCCAGGGUGCUUCCGCGACGACCAGCAUUCGAAGCGCAGCUAGACGCUGAACUCGAUAGCUACUUCAGCGAGUGCCUGGCUGAGCUUAGAGCUGCAGCCGGUAUUACUGCCGUGGAAGUAGACGGCACCAAAUCGAGUGAUGAUGUUCAAGUGAAAAUACAAGCAGCAAUAAUGGCGUCACCGAUCUUCAACAUCGAAUCUUGUUCACAAAUUCGCAACGUAGUACGCGCCGACGAGCUAAUGUUUUAGAAGCAAUCGCGUUAAUUUAUCAUAAUCACUUUAAACAGACUGGACGGCUGGACAGGUCUUUUGUAGGGAGUUUCAAAAUCCACGGUCCUUGACUGAUUUGUUUCCAGUUGCUCCCAGUGACUAUCUUGAUGUAGUCUGUCCACCUCGUUGGAAGGAUGUCGACCAACAUCUAUCGGUUCACCGAGCGUACACGUAGCGUACGUGCAAGAAUGCGAUAACUUAUCGCUUCAAAAGUUUGGACAUGCACUAUCAAUAAAUGUUAAUUUUCUUAAAAUUUGUACAGAUAGUACUAUGUGGUGAUUCACAAAAAUAAAACUAAAGGAAUUCAUAGAAUUUUUUUUUUAUUUAUGUACCUUGGUACUUAACUUUAUCCGAAUAAUUAUAACUACUUUAAACACAGACUAAACGAAAAAGAUGGCCUGUUGAUUCUUUUAUUUUUCAUAGUUCGUACAAUGACAAUAAUUGUCAACUUUACAGCACACAAUG